UGAACUAUUUUGUAAUUCUAAGGUCAAAUCAGCCUAAUUUGAUAAGUCAAACAGCAUGUAUUCUUCGUUAAAAGAAAAAUCAAAUUUUUUCAGCCCUAAGAGUUUAAUAUUUUUUUCUUCAUUAUUAUUGCAAGUUUGUAUUUGUGUAAUAAUUUGUCAAGUGCAACUGCGUGCUUACAAUGCAAAGGAAAUUUUGUCAGAAAUACAGAGUAUACAACGCAGUAUGCAAAAAAAUCUAAAUCGUAUUAAUGUCAAUGAAAUCAUUGUGUUAGGUCCGAAAAAUCAGAGUUUGUCAACUCUAACUCAGAAUCUUAACUCAAACUUAGUUCCAAUAAAAUAUGAUAUUGAUGGUACAUUUUUUAUUUGGAAGAUAUUAAAAAAAUCUGGAAAGAUAUCAUUGCAAAACGAUUCGUACUUACUAAUUCAUUUUGAUGGAUUUUAUCAAAUUAAUGCUCAGAUGCAGCUAGAUUAUAGGCAACCAGUGAAGUUAACUAGCUUUCAUCUUUGUAAAAAUAACGAAGUCAUAGCAUCAACAAAAUGGAGUUCUAGUUUUGAUACAGGAGCAAUUAAUACUCUUAUAUAUGCAAAAAAUGGUGAUCGUUUAUCACUUUACUCUCCUUGGAUAAACGCUAAAUGGUUCAUUUCAAACAAAGUGACAUUUUUCUCUGCUCAUUAUUUAGGAUCUCUAUGAGAUAUAUUAUUUACUACGUGUUUCACACGAUUUUUACUGAUUCAAUAUUACAAAUACUAUUUUUAUUAAGCUACAAAUACUAUUUUAUAGUAUAUUUUUAUGAUAUAUAUUAUCAGCCCCGUAGCAACGGGGGGGGGGGCAGCAGGGGCAUUCGCUUCUCCCUCCCCUCCUCCGCCAAAAAUUUAUCAAAUAAAUAAUUGUGAAAAAUCGACUGAAAAAAUGGAAUAAAAAAAAAGGUCCUUGAAACUUUUUUGGGGCCCCUAAAACAAGCGCUGCCUCCUCCCCCCAAUAUACGGGCCUAAUUAUAUAAUAUAAAUUUUUAUAAUAUAUAUUUUCAGACAUUUUUUUAUAUGCGGUUUGUACAUAACUUAAAUUACUGAAUCAAGUUACAAAUACUAUUUUAUAAUGCACGUUUUUAUAAUAUAUAUUAAAUAAUAGAUAUUUUUAUAAUCUA